AGGAAGGUCUUCUUGACCUUGGGGAGGGUCAGCUGACCUCAAAGAGGUUCUUGUUGACCUUGGGGAGGGUCAGCUGACCUCAAAGAGGUUCUUGUUGACCAUAGGGAGGGUCACCUGACCUCAAGUGGGUCUUGUUGACCUUAGGGAGGGUCAGCUGACCUCAAGUGGGUCUUGUUUUGCUCUAGGAGGGUCAGCUUAACCUUACAGAGGGUCAGUUGACUUCAAGGAGGGUCUUGUUGACUUUAGGAAGGGACGUUGACAUCUGGGAGGGCCUGGUUCAUGUCAGUUGGAUCUUGUUGGCAUCAGCAAGGGGUCCCUUGAAUUCAGGUGGGGCAACCUGACCUGAUUAGAGGUUCAGGUGACCUCAAAUGGGUCUGGUUGACCUCAGGAUGGUUUAGUUGAUCCCAUUUGGGACCUGUUGACCCCAAGAGGGACCAGUUCAACCCAAGAUUGGCCUGUUGACCCUAGCAGCUGCUAUCAGACCUCAUGGUGAGGGUGCCUGCAGUGCCAGCCGACCGACAGGGAGAUUUAGUUGACUUUAAGUUGGGUCAGUUAACGACAGAUGAUCUAAGUGGUCUGGAUUGAGCCACGUCCCCUCCUUCCUUCAUACUGGCCCCAGAGAGGUCCCAACCAUGGGGUUCCUGGAACGAUUUGAGUCCACACUCUUUGUCCCCCUUUGCAUGACGUCAGUCAUGAUCGCCUCGGUCACUUUGGAGAUGGUGUACAUCAUCCUGACUGACCCCCGACUGGACCCUGGCCCCAGGGUGGACGGCUUUGCUGCAGGGCUGGCUGGGGAGCCCUGGGAAUCGAUGGGCCCUUUGGCUGCAAGACACAGGCCGGGCCUGGGGCUGGGCCCAUGGCGUAUACUUCACCUGGCCUGCCUGGCAUUCAUCGUGAGCAAUGUGGUUGGCAACCUGUUCUUCUUCAUCCGCAAGGACCCCAGCAUCCGGGGAGUGUUUCUGUCCGGCCAGGCACUGGGGCAGGGAUGGGGGUACUGUUUUUUGUGUGAGUCUCACACGCCCCAGCGUUGCUCGCACUGCCAUGAUUGUAAGGUGUGUGUGCUGAGACGGGACCAUCACUGUGUGUUCUUCGGGCAGUGUGUAGGUCACGCCAACCACCGAUACUUCCUGUGCUGCCUCGCCCACAUGUGGCUGGGUCUACUCUACGCCAUCGUGCUCAACACUGAGAUCUUCAUCGAGCUCCUGCAGGAGGGCCUGACUUUCCAUAGUGUCUUCCUGCUCAUCAUGCCCUGGGCAAUGUUGGUCACAGGUCAGGUGAGCCUCUCCGUGUUCUGGUUUGCCUUUGUGGCUGAUACCUGUGUGGUGGGCUUCCUUUUCGUCUCGGCCUUUCUCCUGUUCCACUUGCAGCUGCUGUGGCGGGGACAGACCACGCGCGAGUGGAGCGCCGGCCGCUUCGGGCUGUACAAUCUGGGUUGGCGUCGGAACGUUGAGGAGCUGCUGGGCGAGUGGUGGUACCUGACCUGGCUGUGCCCCCUCUUACCCUCCUCCAUGCCUGGCGAAGGGGUCACCUUCAAGACCAGGGAGCUGGCCGCCCACAAACCCGCCAGUCUCUUCUGACCCCCUGUUGCACGUGGGCCCAUCACCUUGGACGACUCUGCAGAUUCCCGAAAUCUCCUCUGUGUUGGGAUGGAGCCACGCUCUCGGACAAGCAACUCCGGCUCACCGCCCUCGACCUCCCACCCAUCGGAAAAGGUGGGGGGGGGUGGGAAACAGGCCUUUACGUGGACCCCUCCCCACCCCACCCAGCUAGCGAGCCCCUGUCAAACUGCCUCCUGGACCCGGGCGGGGGGGCACGUUGAGGAGGCGAGAGGGAGCACCCCCCACCCAGGGAGAGUAGGGCUAUCUCACUGACAGAGACGCUGGAGAUGGGAAUAAGGACAAGCCCCAGAAGGUGGAGAAUCGCUCCGAGCUCUCUCUGACCCUCCGUGUGCGCCUCUGACAUCCUGCCCCCGCAGAGGGUGAAGUGGAGCUGGGUCGGCCAGGGUCCCGGUUCCACAAAAGACGGGACUGCUAAGCUGCAGCCUCUCUCAGCUACGGCUUGUGAAUCAUGUAUCGUCUCGCCGGGUUGGGGGGGUUGGUUUAAUACCUGUCAGGGGCGUCGCUCGGGGAUUAUGAGAAAUGAAGUUCAGCAGUGUGAUGCCCACUGCAGUCGAGCA